AUGUCUUCUCCCUCAACCACCCAGCCGGAAACCACAUUCCGUGCUUUCACAAACUCACAAGGAUCCGACUACGCCAAAUAUCGUCGCGACUAUCAUCCCUCCCUCUAUCACGAGAUCGUUGAUUAUCACACCUCAAAGCAUGGGGAGCUAAACACCCUCCUAGAUAUAGGUUGCGGCCCCGGCAUCGCCGUCCGCACCUUCGCCAAAUCCUUCAAGCACGCGAUCGGGAUCGAUGCAUCAGAAGGUAUGAUCGCAACCGCCAAAUCAUUAGGCGGCAAAACAUCGACGUCAGAACUCAUUCGAUUCGAAGUCUCCAUGGACUUUGGAAAAAAUCUCAACCUACCUGACGGUUCGGUUGACGUUAUCACCGUCGCCACAGCGGCGCACUGGUUCGAUAUGAACGUUUUCUGGACACAGGCGGCAAGAUUGUUGAAACCUGGUGGCACAGUGGCGAUUUGGACUGGUGCAUGCGAUUUAAAGGCUGCACCACCGACGCCACGAUAUGAAGAGGUUACGAAGGUCAUGCAGAAGAUGAUGCAAGAGCUGAAUCCCUACGAGACAUUAGGGAAUAAAGUUAAUGUCGGCUUGUACGUUGACCUUCGGAUGCCGUGGAUGUUAGAGAAGCCUGUGAUGGCUUUCAAGAAACGCCAUUUCGGACGGGUGAAAUGGGGGACGGGCACUCCUAGUGCCCUCCCCGGGAACGAAUUUCUUGCGGAACAUAAACCGCAGAGCUUAGAUUCUAUGGAGAUGAUGUUGGGGACUUGGAGUGCGGUUGUUAGAUGGAGAGAGGCGAACAAGGAGAAAGUCAGGACUGAGGAGGAUGUUGUUAGAAAGAUGAGAAGAGGUGUUGAGGAGGUUUUGAGAGGCGUUGGGGUAGGGAAAGGGGAAGAGUUGGUUUGGGAGGGCGUUGAAGGGGCGUUAUUGUUGUGUCGCAGAACAUGA